AUGACUGUACUAUGCUCCAUAGACUGGUUCAUGGUCAAGGUACAGCCCUCCAUGUUGAACAAUGAUGUAUAUGUUCACUUUCAUGAGUUACACUUGGGCCUGGGUUGCCCUGCCAACCAUGUUCAGCCACAUAUGUACCAGUUCACCUACCUCAUUACCGAAUGUGGCAUCAGGGCCAAGGCUGUCUUUCAGGACAUGGUCAUUUACAGCACCGAAAUACACUAUGCUUCAAAGGGUACCUCAUCUAAGCACAUGAUCCCAGUGUCAUGCGGUGCCCCCCAGCACUCCCUGUGGCUCACUACUCCCUACUCCAUGAAAGUAGCCAGUGAGAUAGGGACCACAACCCAGGAUGGUGAGACAUGCUACGAUGUGUCCACCUUGUCACAGUCCAGCCAAAGUCCCAACUGUGAUUGUCCACCUUGUGUCUUCAACAGAGAAGAGCAUACCCUGACCCCCACAUCACCAAGCAGAGGCUCAGCAGGGCCCUUUUUCUCAGCCAUCUUUCUUUGUGGAUACUUUUGA